AUGAGGUUCGUCGCGGCGUACCUGCUGGCCACCCUGGGCGGGAACGCGAGCCCGAGCAAGGACGACGUGCGCGCCAUCCUCGGCUCCGUGGGCGCCGAGGUGGACGAGGCCAAGCUCGAGAUGCUCUUCAAAGAGGUGGACGGCAAGGACAUCGCCGCCCUCAUCGCCGCCGGCAGGGAGAAGCUCGCCUUCGCGUCCCGCGGCGCCGCCGCCGCCGCCGCCAUGGACGUCUCCCCCGCCGCCGCCGGUGCUGCCGAGGAGAAGGUCGAGGAGAAGGAAGAGGAGGAGGACGAGGAGGACCUCGACAUGUUCAGCCUCUUCGACUGAGCCACCGUCCGCGCCAUGCCGAUCUGCUGUUCACCGUAGCUUGUUAGUUAUCUGUGUAUCCCUGGUCUGCGUUUCUUGGUUCUAUUAUCUAGAUGUUGUUGAGAUUUUAGUUUGGAAGUACGAGUAGUGCCUUCUGAUGGGAGUUUGUCUGAUUGGUGAAGUCUUGUGUUGCUAUGUUCCGGAUCUAGUAUGAAGAAAUCCUCUGAUUUAUUCUGCAUUAUAGUUCCUGUUCA